AUGAAGUUGCCAGGGGCGUUUCUCAUCACGGCCGUGGCGCUCCUUGCCUCCGAUGAGGUCUCUGGGAAGCCCUUGACGACAAUCACGCCUUGCCCAAGCGCUCCAACACUAAGCUUAGCUCCCAUCACGGUAUCAGCUCAAUAUCAACCUGUUUCGACCUGCAACGCCGCGACAGCCUGUAUCAAAGGCAAGUGCUCGACAAUCUACCCAUUUACGACAUACCCCUAUGUGUCUACGGUCGUCCCCUGCGCCUGGAAUGGAACAACAACGCAAAGUACCACAGUGACUCGGGUCAACCAAGUCAUCAGGGCUUCGGAAUACCUUGAAACUCUAACUCAUUUCACUCCUACUACAUCUGUCGACAAGGAAAAUUGGUUCAACUGGAUUAGACAACAAAAGCCAACCACCACCAAGACGGUCACAUCCUAUGAAACUGUCACCCGACGAGCCGUAGCUCCAUACCACGCAAUCGGACCACUCGCGAUACCUGGCUGGGAUGGCAGUGGAUUAUGCAAUAAAUGCGUUCAGGACGAUGGAGACCUUUCGCAGCUUCUAGCCGUCACUGAAUGUCGACUUGGGGAGAAGUCUGGGCACCCAUACCAGAAAUGCGUUGAGUGGUAUGAGACCUGGAUCCAACAGUCACCAACUACUGUUUCCACCGCAGGGCUCUGCUCAAGCAGAGGCACGAUUCCCCGCGCCGGGGUCUAUACUUGGACUUUCCCUCAGAUUGCUCCGUCGAUUACCGUUACAAAGCCCCCAGUCACGGUUACUGUGACCGUUAACGGCCGACCGAAGAUCACUCACGAGCCCAAUAUUGAAGUCAUCUCAGGCCGACCAUGGAAUGCUUAUGUUACCAAAACUUUCGAUAGCUCAACGACUUUUAACUUCGAGAUCUUUGUCACCAAAGUAUUUGUCUUCAAUUUCCCUCCAAUUACCAGGCCGGCCGAGAACUCUCGUAAUAUUCCUAUUCCAACAGGGAUAGGAUCACAUCCUGGCCUCGAGAAGGAUGGAAACGGGUGGUGGCCUUUACCUGUAGGAGGUGGCAGCUGGAGAAGUGACGGCGGUGACCACGUUUGGGAUGAUUGGAACCCGACUUCCUCGAAUGUCCUCUCUUCGACCAGCACAUCAAUUCCUUUGACUAUGUCGACAUCUACCAGCUCGGUGACUUCUGGCCCGAACAGUGGAUCAGCUACAUCAUCCGGAAGCUCCAGCACGCUAACAUCUCCAUCUGCCACCAGCUCCACGACUAUCAGCGUAUCGCUAUCUUCGUCGUCAAGCGCCGUUACGGCUACUACGUCGGCGCUCUACUCUUCCAGCAGUACGAUCUCUACUGGCUCAUCAUCAUCAUCAUCAUCAUCAUCAUCAUCAUCAUCAUCAUCUUUGUCGCCAGCCACUAGCGUGUCCAGCACCACGUCUGCCUCUAGUAGCGUCACAGCUGUUAGCACUAUGUCUACGUCUAGCAUCGUACCCAGUGGGACGGGUUUCUAUCUCCAGAUCAGCGGCACCCCCGUUACCGGCUUGGUUCCACGACAAACUGUGGUCCAGUACGUGGCGUUUGACGUGAACAACAAUGCCAUCGCUGUGAACGGGCUAUCAGAGGCGGCAUUGGUGUUUAAAGGUAAUGACAACACCACAUUCAUCUCACAGAAUCGGUACCUUGGCACUUCGACGCUUACCAAGUCGAUUGUCCAACGAUUCUUGCUCUUUCCAAGAGGUUUCGCCGUUUGGGACAUCAUUGGCAUCUUUGCACGCUUGCGAAACACCGCAGGAUUCUGCUUCGAGAAUGGCUUCGUCUAUGCUUAUACUGACCCUGAUGUCUGCAACAAUCCGAUCAACAUUAUUCCAACAAGUAAAUCCGUCAACAACAAGCACCACAUCUGCCACAUCUUCGUCGGUCGUGACUCCGUCAUCAAGCCUAACAACUGCAUCCACCAGCGUGACUUCGAUCUCUUCAGCGUCCGAGACUUCGAACUCUACACCAGGCUCCUCUACUUCAGGGACGAGUACACCGAGCACCUCCUCGACAUCCGCGGAUUUGACCAGUACCUCAUCGACGUCAUCAACUUCUGA